GCGUGUAGUAUUUCCCACUUCAUCGAAACCGGUUUACUUUUUGGAGUUAUUAGUAUAUUGAUAACUCCUUAUCUCCUGCUAGUAUGUGAACUAGAACUCCAUACCAUUCCUACUUCUCAACUUGCUGACAAAUCUAAGACCUGAUGAUGGAGGCACGACUGAUCUACUCCAUCAUCAUCGUAGCCACAGUGGCAGUGUGCUACUACAAGGCCCUGGGCUGUGGCUUUGUGUUUGAUGACAUGUCUGCAAUAGUGGAAAACAAAGAUCUUCGACCCAGAACUCCAGUAGCAAAUCUUUUCUGGAAUGACUUCUGGGGAACUCCAAUGAGAAUGGAGAAGAGCCAUAAGUCCUACAGACCUUUGUGUGUCCUAACGUUUAGAAUGAACUACGCACUCAGUGAACUAGAACCCAUGUCCUAUCAUCUUGUUAAUAUUGUUCUCCAUGUCAUCGUGUGUUUGUUAUUUAUGAAAGUUUGUAACAUGUUUUUGAGGGAGUUGACCAGUUUUUUAGCAGCAUUAUUAUUUGCAGUUCAUCCCAUACACACUGAGGCAGUCACUGGAGUGGUUGGGAGAGCUGAGGCCUUGUCUUCCAUUUUUUUCCUUGCAGCACUUAUUACUUAUUCCAGAUGUACCUCAUACCAUGGCAAAAUUAAAUGGCCUCCUCUGAUUGGAACAGUAGCACUGGUUACCAUAGCAAUGCUUUGUAAAGAGCAGGGAAUCACAGUCAUUGGUGUUUGUUGUGUUUAUGAAGUUUUUGUUGCUCAAAGAGCAUCAUUCCAAGAGCUGUUAGCUAUUCUCCUAAGUUUUGUGAGAGGGAAACCACAUAUUCCCUCCUGGUUGAAAAACUCUAUCAUACGUGCCAUGUUUUUAGUUGGGACCACUGUCUUCUUACUGUUAGCCAGAAUCAAAGUCAUGGGAGCUCAACUGCCAGUGUUCACAAGAUAUGAUAAUCCUGCCUCCAUGGAGAAUGCCCCAGCAAGACAUCUGACUUAUAAUUAUCUGCUGCCAAUCAAUGUUUGGCUCCUCCUCUUCCCCUCAGAGUUGUGUUGUGAUUGGACAAUGGGAACAAUCCCAGUGAUCAAUUCUGUAUUGGAUCCUAGAAAUCUUAUUACUCUUGGCUUUUAUGCUCUUCUUGGAAAAUUUGUUCAUUUUAUGCUUCAAGGACAAGACAAGAGAAACCGUGGAAUUAUUAUGAGUUUCUCUCUGAUGAUCCUCCCAUUUAUUCCGGCCUCGAACCUGUUUUUCCCUGUGGGGUUUGUUGUGGCUGAGAGGAUCCUGUACACCCCCAGUAUGGGAUUCACAAUGCUGGUGGCCCUGGGGCUUCAGAUCCUGAUGGACAACAAGCAAAGUUUAAAGCCAUUACUCUGUGCCAUGCUAGGACUUCUUCUCUUCACUCACACCAUUAAAACAUACAUCCGUAACGGAGACUGGGAAACAGAGUACAGUAUUUUUAGAUCAGCAUUAAAAGUGAAUACCAAAAAUGCCAAACUGUUUAAUAAUGUGGGUCAUGCAUUAGAAAAGUAUGAGAAGUAUGCAGAAGCACUGGAGUACUUUGAAAAGGCUGUGAGUGUUCAGCAUGAUGACAUUGGAGCCCACAUCAAUGUAGGCAGGACUUACAAUAAUCUGAACAUGUCGACUGAAGCUGAAGCAGCCUACAAAAAGGCCCUCAGUUACUUCCCUCAAGUUCAGCCCGGUAAAAGUUACCAGGCUCGUAUUGCUCCGAAUCACCUGAACGUUUACCUUAACCUGGCGUCACUUGUCAGUAAAGACCCGAGCAGACUACUAGAGGCUGAUAAGUAUCUGAAGACGGCUGUGAGCAUGAGACCCGACUAUGUACAGGGAUACAUCAACAGAGGAGACAUCCUAGUCAAGCUUGGACAAAAAGAAGAGGCAUUGAAAAUCUAUACGAUGGCUCUGCAGUAUGAACCUGACAAUGCAGAUGUACACUACAAUAUUGGUGUGGUGUCACUGGACCUCGGGAAACCAGAACACGCCAGGAAGAGUUUUGAGACAGCUCUCCAUCAUGAUCCAGACCAUUCACAAUCCUUGUAUAACUCUGCCAUAAUGAUUCAGGAGUCUGGAGAACAAGCACUGUGGCCAGAAGCAAUCAGAAGGCUGAGGGUGUUGAUCAAACGGGAACCAGAGGAUGCUAAGUACUAUUUCACGCUGGGAAUGAUCCACAUGGACAUGAAGGAUUACCCAGAGGCUGAGAGGGAUUUCAAAAACUGCAUCAAGUAUGACCCACUGUUCAGAAGUGCCUUAUUUAAUCUGGCCCUGAUGUUGAACAACAACUUAAACAGACAACUGGAUGCAAUUCCUUACCUGGAGACUCUCAUCAAGAAUUAUCCAGAGCACACCAAAGCUCUGCUACUGAUGGGAGACAUCAAUGUUAAUGCCCUAAAAAAGCUCGAUGAGGCAGAGAAAAACUUUGCCCGUGUGGUGGAACUGGAACCCAAUAAUGUCCAGGCUCACCACAACCUGUGUGUGGUGCACGUGGAGCGUGGCGAUCUGAUCCGCGCGGAGAAAUGUCUCACCAAGGUUCACAACAUGGCACCCACAGAACAGUACAUCAUUAACCACCUCAACAUUGUCAGAACCAAGUUAAAUGAACUCAUCAAAAAGAGGCAGGAGGAACUAAAGAAACAGAAAGCAGGCCAACAAGGGGCAAAUUGAUCUGUUUCCAGCGGGUUACGCGUGUAUGUGUUUUGAUUAAUGAUUGCAUGGUGAAAUUGACUAUUUAUUGAUGAGAAUAUGAGCAAUAAAAGUGAAAUGAGUUCAACACUUGUAAUACAGAAUAUAUACAGCUUUAUUCCCUGAAAGCUAAGAAAUGAGAACAAAAAAAUUAUCCUAGGACAAGCUUGGCUUUCAGAUUCAUAUUUUUUUUUAAUGUGAUUUGCAUAGAUUUUUGAAAAAUCUGUUCAAGAUUAGAGAAUAAAUGCAAAACCUGCUAAUUACAAAUAAUAAGAUACAAUCCCAAUUUUAAAAAUAAAUAGGUAUAUUGCUUUGAAAACUUCAACUCGCAUCUUUAUGUACCUGUAAACUGAAAUCAUCAGUUUAAAAAGCCCCUUUGAAUACUGUAAACCCACUUCUAUACGUGGCUACUUCAUUUGUGAUUCACCGGUGGUAAACUGGUUCACAGCGAGUAAUUUUCGCGAGUGAGCCUUUUUCGAGCCUAAGACAGACAUUUAAGGACUGAUUCACAACGAGAAAUAUUCACGACGGUGAGAUCCUUGCGAAUCUUACAAAAUUUUCUCGCACGCGAAUGAGAGUUGGUUUACAGUAUGUGCGUGCUUUAAUUAGAAAGAUUAUGCAAUGUAUAUUGAUUUUUUGGUACUUGAUUGCUUUAUCCUUAUUGUUAUCACUGAUAGGUUUAUUAAAUGUUUAAGGCCUAGACAGGUGAUAUAAAUGUUAAGUAAUACAAUAUGUAUAUUAUAUACAAAGGUGCUUGUGCCUGUCAAUUUGUAAACACAAUAUACAACAUAUAGAGCUCAUUUAUUUCGCAGAGAUUAGAUACAUGUAGCAUGGAUAUUUGGUUGUGUUUUUUUUUUUUUUACAAAUAUUUUAGUAUUGUUAUGCAAUUGAUAUUUGUUUUUUACAUUGGCUUGAUAUUUGCCUGUUUAGCUGUAGUAUUGAUGCUACAGAGUGUUACAAUAAUUUGACGUAUGUUUGAUUCUACAGAGUGUUACAAUAAUUUGACAUGUUUGUGAAUGUGUUGUUACCGUUAGUGUAUUAAUAGCAUAAUCAUGAUACAUUAGGAUAUUAUUCAUCAUUUUAGAUAUGCUCAAUAUUUUAUUUUUACACAGUGACUCAUUUUUCCCAUUAUCUCAUUAGUCGGUAGUUUGCCGUAGUUAUACAGUAAUAUGUAUUAUUUUAUGUCAAUGUAGAAAAUUACAUACCACAAGAUAUUAGAAUUAGAUUCCUUGAUUAGUUCACUUUCUUUUGAAUAUUUUGAAUAAAUUUAUAAAUGUUUCUAUAGAUGUAAGUAAUAAUUUAUAUAAAGAUAAUGUAAAUUUUAUUUAGCUUUUGAUAUCAAAAUAUUAGGAUGUUAACUGUUCUGUCAUCCUGUUCAGAACUUUUAAUUAAAAAAAAGACAAUUCAUAUUGCUUUAGUUGAUUAGUCAUGUUCAACGUUAUAUGUCAGAUAUAGAUCAAGGUCAUGUCGAAGUAAGAGGUCAAAUUUACCACAGGAGGAUUUGGUCGAAGGCAUGGCAUUUCUUGAAUACUUUUCAUAGAUUAAAUAAUGAUUUCAAUAGCAAUGGAAAACAUUACCGUCUCAGUAUAUAGUUGUUCCUCAACACAGAAUAUUAUUUUUCAUUAAUUCUUAUUUGGUAAUGUUUUGAACUUGCAAGACUUGUGUCCCUAGUGAAUUUAAAGAAAGGAAGGACAAGAGUUACAUUCUUGGGAGUCGGGAUUCUUAAAAUUAAGUAGUUUGGAGUGAAAGGUCAGUUAAAAAAAUAGUCCUAGAUAAGAUUACAAAGCAGAUGAGAAAUAAUGUUAAUCAAAUGGAAUUUAUUUGUUUAAAUUUUUCUAAAGCUGUAUGCAAAGGCUUGAAAUUACAUUAAUUGUACAGACACAGAAGAAAAGUUUAUUAGUGAGUAAGAUUUAAAGUGCCUUAGAAUUUGUAAUUUUUGUUUUAUGAUAGAAAUGUAGUUUAUUCUGUAUUCUCAGUAAUGUUGCUAUGACUAUAAGGCAGGAUGCUAGAGUUUAUUUUUCUGUCCAUUGCUGUAAUUGUUUUUAGCUCACCCAAUUAUGUCUGUAAUUAUAAUGUAGGGACCUGUGUGUAAAUCUUUACAUUAUCGUAGAUCUUUGAUUGUAGAUAAUUAUAUUCAUGUACCGAGGUUGUGAACUUUGGGAGAUUGGUUGUUUUUGAGGUGUGUGAUUCUACUGUUUACAUAGUGUAUGCUAAGCAUAUAAGAGAUACAAGACCAAUCAUGAUUUAUGAGAACAGUCAAAUUUUGGUUUGUAGUAAUAAAUGCAUUGAUCAAUU